AUGCAAAAAUCAUCAAAUCGCCUCGAGCCAUUUUAUUUAAGAAAUGUGGUUUUAAACCUUCCAACUCUUUUGGAUAUAUCCAAUUUCGUUUGUGUAAACCAUUCCACAAAUAAUGUUACAGAGAGUUUGUACAUCAACCCCUUCAAUCUUCCUCAAACUGUAUCUAUUCGCAAAAUUAUUGAAUUGUUCCCAAAACUGGAGACAUUGUAUCUUCCUUUUGAAUUAGACUACGACUUGAGUUUUUUAGAAACUCUUGGCACUUUUUUGAUUGAGUUCCGACGAAAGACUUUAUCUUCAACAGAUAAUUGCCCAUCGGAAAAAAUAACUUCUCUAUUUGAAACGGAAUGGUUUCCUCCACGUGUUCGUUACAUUCACAUUUUUAAAAAAGAAAUCCCAACAUUUGCAGCAAAUCUGAGUAAAUUUGUUCAACUUAAAACUAUUACGAUGGGGUUUUAUAAUACAACAUCAGACUCAAUGGAUUUUUUUCAUAUUUUAGAGCACCGAAGUCUUAGAACUGUUAUAUUUUCAGCGGAUUCACCAACUACAGAAUUACUCACAAAAUUCAACUUUUCAAGAUACUCCGAAAAGCAAUUUAAAAUACAAUAUUUUGCAUACGGCAGACCAACUCUGUCCACAGAAAACGUUGCUGAGAUCUUUAAACUUUCUACGAAUGUCCAAGUUUACAUUUCAUACAUUUCAGAUAUCAUUUUUAGUUCAAUUAUUCAAAAAGGAAAAAUUAAUUAUCUCCCAUUUUUUAGUGAAGUAAACUGUGUUGUUGCAAAAGUGUAUAAUAAAUGUCUUGGGUCAGACAACAUUUUUAAAUUAUUAGAAAAGGCACUUCCAAAAGAAUUUCGUGUUGUAGAAGACGAUAUAAUUGACUUCAAAACAACGUCUAUCAUAAACUGUGAUUUGACACAAUUUGAAGAGUUAAAUUUUAUUGAAAAAUUGACGUUGACAAACGUGGUUUUUAAUAAAAUAACACUUCCAUUUACAACAAAAAAUGUGGUGAUAAAAAAUGUAAAAGGGGAUGUGAUAAUGUGUAAGUGCAAGUUAGAGAUAAUUUUAAUUAAAAAUCACACUGGACAAUUAAGUAAUUUUGAGUGUGAAAAUGUGAAGAAAUUUGAUUGUGACAAAAGUUGUGAAGUAACAUUUAAAGGAAAAAAAUAUAGAGACACACUUUUUGUUCAAGUUGGCGUGGGUUUAAAAUAUGACUUUUCUGUCAUGAUAUUAACUAAAAUUAAGUUAUAUUUAAAAAUGAAUUUCAUUAUGAUUUAA